AUGAGAGAAACGGUCAUUGUAUUGUCGUACUCCACCUGCGCGGUGCUUGCACUUCAGGGCACGAAUACUGUGCGUGCGGCGACCGGCGGUCCCCCGCCCACAGGAAAUGACGAGACGGGUAGCAAAGAUAUCGCUGCUCGUGAUAAUGACGUCCAGUUCUUGACACUCUUAGAAUACACCCUUAGAUCCCAGACCGACCUUCUUCCGCGCAACGCGGCUUCGCUCGAGUUUGGUGCCUCCCUCCUGCGGGACCUGCUUGACCUUUUCCUGAGAGCGUACGAUGUACUUACCGGUCCAGGGGCGGGGGCGACGGUCGCCGUUGCAGCUGAGCUGGCGCAUCUUCUGCGAGUGCGCCUUCUGUUAUUGCACCAGCCGCUAAUGGAAGAUGUUCUUUUUGGGCCGCAGUACUACCAGAUGUUAAGUAUGCGAGUGCAUCACCUAGUCAUGAGACUGCACAGCUUAGGCGCCCCGUAA